CAAACCACAAACAUGGAAUCUGGUAUGAUAAAUUUGGGAAGCUCUCUAAAAGUACCCUAUCUUCAAGAGUUAGCUAAGGAGAAAUUUGCAUCAGUUCCACCCCGAUACAUACGACCUGAUCCAACCAAACUUCAUGGGGUCUCCACAGAGGAAAUCCCAGUAAUUGACAUGCAAAGGUUGCUUUCUGAUGAAUCAGUGAAUCCAGAGCUUGAAAAGUUGCAUUUUGCCUGCAAAGAAUGGGGCAUCUUCCAGCUGAUUAAUCAUGGAGUGAGCUCUUCAUUAGUGGACAAACUGAAACUAGAGAUGCAAAAGUUUUCAAUUUGACGAUUGAAGAGAAGGAGAUU